ACUAAAUAAGUGAUCUACUCGAUCGUGUGAGUGGGGAAAAAAAGGGAUCUGGCUAAUUUCUAUUUAGGUCUGGAAAGGUUGGCUGGUUAAGAACACAUCAUACAUCAAAGGAACAGCUUUUGAGCUCAUUCAUGCAACUAAACUCAGAUUUCUUCCAGAAGGCAAAGCUGACACUUUAGAAAACAUGCAUAAAGGGAAAGUUCUUUUUGUAGUGGACUAAAUAGAAAAAUCACAGCACACGACUUAUGCACACUUAGUUUCAGAAACCUGGAGAAAAUAAAGAAAGAAUAAAGACAAAGCCUCAGAGAACAAGGAGACUCAGGUGAGGCUGGAGACAGCAAGAAUGGACCUGUUCAGAAAACUGUGGGUGGCGAGGAAGCUGAUCCUUGUGGUCAUGAUCCCACUGUCCCUGCUGCCGCUGCCUCUCAUCCAUCCAAGCAGUGAGUCCUCCUGUGCCUAUGUGCUGAUUGUGACAGCAGUGUACUGGGUGUCAGAGGCAGUGCCACUUGGGGCAGCAGCGUUGGUGCCAGCGUUCUUAUACCCGCUCUUUGGGGUUCUCAAAUCGAGUGAAGUAGCCUCAGAGUAUUUUAAGGACACGACGCUGCUGCUGAUGGGAGUUAUCUGCCUGGCUGCUUCUAUAGAAAAGUGGAACCUGCACAAACGCAUUGCUCUGCGCAUGGUUAUGAUAGCAGGAGCCAAACCUGGCAUGCUGGUGUUAGGGUUCAUGUGCUGCACUGUUUUCCUGUCAAUGUGGCUGAGUAACACCUCCACUACAGCCAUGGUGAUGCCUAUUGCUGAGGCCGUGCUGCAGCAGCUCAUCUACACCGGCAUCGCUGACUCUCACGAUGACUCGGAUACUGUGGAGACACAAGAGGAUGAAAACGAUAAAGAGAGGAACCUGAGCAAGAAUCACCUUGAGCUUUCAGACUGCAACAACAGUUGUAAGAUACUAGAGCCUUUCAGUGUUGCUGAGGAAGCCAAUGGAGUUGCAGUAAAGCCAGCUCAGGGUGAAGACUUCCCAAGGCCGCCUAAUGGAUAUCAACCUGAGGUUUCAGUCGAUGUUCCUGUCCCAAAGAAACCCAAAAUCAGGAGAGACUCCAUGUACCCGACCAAGAAGGACCAAAUGAUCUGCAAGUGUCUGUCUCUGAGUAUCACGUACGCGGCUACCAUUGGCGGCCUCAUCACCAUCACCGGGACCUCCACCAAUCUCAUUUUUGCAGAGCAGUUCAACAAUCGAUACCCAGAUGCCAAGGUCAUCAAUUUUGGAACGUGGUUCAUCUUCAGCUUGCCAAUUGCUCUCAUUAUGUUAGUGUUAACUUGGCUCUGGCUCCACUUCCUGUUCCUUGGAUGCAAUUUCAGGGAAACGUGUUCUUGGAGCAAGAAACGCAAAACCAAGCGAGAGAUUCUCUCUGAGAAACGCAUCCAUGAAGAGUAUCAGAAGCUUGGUGCCAUAAGUUAUCCAGAAGUUGUGACAGGAGUCUUCUUCAUUCUCAUGACCUUGUUGUGGUUCACGAGAGAACCGGGAUUUGUGCCUGGCUGGACUUUCCUCUUUGAGAAGAAAGGCUACAGGACCGAUGCCACAGUCUCUGUGCUGCUCGGCUUCCUUCUCUUCCUCAUCCCUGCACGCAAGCCCUGGCCAUCUUCAUCUUCAUCUUCGUCUUCGAGUGCAAGCACAGUGAUGGAUCGUAAGGAGGAUGAGGAGGAUGAGGAGGAAGACCCAUUAGCACCGAUGAUAACGUGGAAAGACUUUUUGAGACUGAUGCCAUGGGAAAUUGUUAUUCUGGUUGGAGCCGGCUAUGCGCUGGCAGCAGGGUGUAAGGUGUCGGGUUUGUCCAUGUGGAUCGGGCGUCAGCUGGAACCGAUGAGCGGCCUGCCACCGUGGGCCGUCACGCUACUCGCAUGCUUGCUUGUGUCCGCUGUGACUGAAUUCGCCAGCAACCCUGCAACUCUAACUGUGUUCCUGCCUAUCCUCUCUGCUCUGUCGGAGACUCUACAGAUAAACCCCCUGCACACUCUCAUCCCAGCCACCAUGUGCGUGUCCUUUGGAGUCAUGCUGCCUGUAGGAAACCCGCCCAACGCCAUCGUGUUCAGUUACGGACACGUAAAAAUCAGCGACAUGGUUAAGGCUGGAUUUGGGGUGAAUCUGAUAGGAGUGAUGGUGGUCAUGCUGGCGAUAAGCACAUGGGGUGUCCCGCUUUUCCAGCUGUCCGAGUUCCCUGCCUGGGCAGUCAUGAGAAAUGUCACCACUAGCUUGUAGGCACGUGUGUGUGUGCGUGUGUGUGUGUGAGAGAGAGAGAGAAAGAGUGAGAGAAAGAGACAGAGAGAGAGGGAGAAUGAGAGAGAGAGAGAGAGAGGCUGAAAUGACAGAAAGGAAUGGACAAUUUUUUAGUACAUGGUACAAGAGGCAUUUCUUCUCUUGAUUGCCUUAGACCUGAAGAGACACAAACACCUCCUCAUCGCGUCUACUUUUUAUUCGAGGGUGACGAAGGAUGAUGUUCUCACAGAAAACUUGUUUUCAUAAUGCGUCUAACCGGUGGAUGACGGUGGCUUUAAUGUAGAUCAGUGCAGCUCAGUGUUGUGUUACACUGGUUGGCUUGUACAGGGUG